UAGACUUUCUGCACAGGAACAUAUCACAUAUCUAAAACCGUUUUGUAUUAUCAAGAGGCAUGCAUAAAGAAGUUUAUAGGCUAAAACAAGUUACCAGCAAGCAUAUUGGGAAUUGGAUGUGGGAUUAGUAGAGCGCAAUUGUUGUUUUGAGACGACACCUUAAUAAUUCAACAUGGAUGAGAAGAUUCAGCAUAAAAUGGAGGUUGAUUAUUCCAGCACUGUCGAUGACUUGCUUGUAACUGUGAAGUCUUUAUCACUGGCUGGUAAUUUCGAGUCUGCCCUUGAACAGUGCAUUUCUCUUGAGAAACAAACAAGAAUGGCUUCCGAUGCAAUAUCCACUGGUCGACUCCUGGAGGCUAUCGUGGAAAUAUUGGGUGACAGUUUACAGUGGUCCAGACUCAAUGAACAUCUUAUCCUAAUGACUAAAAAACAUGGCCAAAUGAAACAAGCCGUUUCUAAAAUGGUUCAGAAGGCUAUGGAGUAUCUAGAAAAAACACCGGACGAGAAAACUAAACUUGAGUUGAUAGAAGCUCUCCGAACUGUUACAGAAGGAAAGAUAUAUGUCGAAACCGAGAGAGCACGCUUGACCAAAGAGUUAGCACGGAUCAAAGAGUCCCAUGGUGAUAUUGAUGGGGCGGCCACAGUGCUACAGGACCUUCAAGUUGAAACAUUUGGUUCGAUGGAAAAAAGAGAAAAAGUUGAAUUCAUGCUGGAACAAAUGAGACUUUGUUUAGCCAAAAAGGACUUCAUUCGUACUCAAAUCAUCAGCAGGAAAAUAUCAACCAAGUUCUUUGCUGAUGUCGAAAACGAAGAUUUGAAGUUGAAGUAUUACCAGUUAAUGGUCAAUUUAAAUGCCCAUGACUGUCUUUACCUAAACAUAAGCAAAAACUACUGGGAAAUUUAUAACUCCAAAAGCAUACAAGAGGAUGAUGCAAAGCGACUACAAAUACUUAGGCAUGUGAUUGUAUAUUUAUUACUGUCGCCUUAUGACAACGAGCAGCAUGAUUUGAUGUGCCGUAGAAAAUUGGUGAAAGAUAUGGAAAAAAUUCAAAACUACCUUGAUAUGCUCACAGCAUUUACUACUCAAGAAUUGUUAAGGUGGGAUGAAUUUUGUAUUCGGUAUGAAUCUGUCUUACGUACAGAAACUGACAUAUUUUCCAAUAAAGUUGAUCCAUUGGAGUCUGAAAAACGUUGGCGUGACUUACACCUACGAGUGGUUGAACAUAACAUUCGUGUAAUAUCUGGUUAUUAUACUAAAAUUCGUCUUCAUCGCCUAGCACAGUUAUUGGACUUGGACAUUGAUAAAGCAGAAGAGUACUUGUCGAAUUUAGUUGUGAGUAAGACAGUCUACGCGAAAAUUGAUCGACUUGAAGGUGUUGUACAUUUCACGUCAAAAAAGAUGCCCACAGAAGUUUUAAACGAUUGGUCUUACAAUACUCGGAACCUAAUGGCACUGAUUAAUCAAACAACACAUCUCAUCAAUAAAGAACGUAUGAUUCACGGUGUAUAAAAAUAUAUAUAUAUAUAUGUAUAUAAAUUAUUGUUGCACUACUCAAGAAUAAAUUCUUACUUGAUAGAAA